AUGGUUGCCAAAACCCCACUCACACAAAAUAAUAAUAAUAAUAUGUUACCUGUUUUUAAUCCAGUUUUAAUCAGAGAAACAUUAAACAAGGUGGAUCGUUGCAUGAAUCGGCUACAAGAACUUCAGUUCACUGUUUCUGGAAUCAAUCUAAGCCCUCGCAGUACCAGAAAUUAUCUCAGAACAAGUUUAAGGUGCAAGCAAGAAUCUAUUAGGAUUAAGAAUAAUGCACAAAAAACAUCUCCAAUGGGGAAGUUUUCAAAAUCAGAUAAUUUAGGAGGUGAAUGGAGGAAAAUGUCAUUGGCUGCAAUGCUUGUUGGUGAAACUGUUGUAGAAAUUUUACAGGCAAGCCAGUUUGCUAGACAAAUGGUUUCUUCAGUUGGCACAAAACUCGCCACCGACGGUCCAAAAACUCCGUUAUCUCGACCCUCACACCAGAAAUCAGACUCUGAAAACACAGAAUUCAGAGAUAAAAGAAGGAAGGAGAAGGAAAAUAAACAACAGUCCGAUUCACCACCUUUACAACCUCGUCGUGCGCGUUCGAGAAUCAACUUCGAAGUCUCUCACCCGAAAAAAGUAAGAGACUUUGAUGAAAAGAAAGAGGAUAUUAAUAUUAAGCAUCAGCAAGAAUUCUGCAAGACAAAAUCAUCUGUCAUGUCAACAACUCCGCACAAGUUUCGCAUCAAAUCACCGUAUAAGUUUAUGACUGCAUCGCCAAAUAGAUUAACAACAAAAACAGCACCCAAGUUUCGGAUAAAAUCACCUCAUGUGUUUGUGGACGAAUCACGAAAUAGAGUAACAAAAACACAGCACAAGUUUCUGAUCAAAUCACCAAGUACAACACCACACAAGUUUCGGAUUGAAUCACCACAUAAGUUUCAGAUGAAAACACCUGCUACAAGAUUGAACUAUCCAAAGAGAAGUGAUGCUGCACCGAUAUCAAGUCGAACUAUCUCUCCUUCUAGAUUGGCUGCACCAACAAAGAGCAAGAAAAGUAAUGCAUCCCUGUGUUUGAAGAGCAAGAAAAAUGAUGGUUUAGCUAGUGGAUUGAAACAGCGGCCACCAACAACAAUGCACUUGCCUGCUCCAAGAUGA